AUGUCUGACACUUCUAUAGAGCCCAUUGAAGAGGUUGCGGAAACCGUCGAAGAAGCUCCCGCCGCAGCUCCAAAAGGCAAGGAAAAGAAGCCAUGCAGCCCAGAAAAGCUAAAGCAAAUGGCUUUAAUGCGCGAGAAAGCGGCACUCAAAAAGCAAGCAAUGAAAGAACUUACGGAGAAAGAAAAAGCCCUUAAGCAGAAAACAUUCGAAGAGCGAGUCAAGAAGGUGCAAGCGCUAGAAAAGUCCUUCAAACCUGAGCCAAAAGCAGUCGAGCCAGAGCCUGAGGAAGAGCCAGAAGAGGAGAUCGUGGAGGUGGUCAAGUUCAAGAAGGCAAAGAAGCCCGCCAAGAAGGUGAAGAAGGUGGUCUACGAGUCUGAUUCAGAUUCGUCCGCCUCCUCCGAGAGCGAUGACGACCACUACCAGCGCAAGCAAAAAAGAAGGUUUAAGAAGACUGUCAAAAAGGAGGUUGCAAAGGAGCUGGCUAAGCUGACAGCGUGGUUGCGAGAGAACAAAAAGAAGGGUGAAAAGUUUGCGAGGAAGCAGGCAAAGAAAGGCAAGGGAAAGCUUACCGAGGCGGCAGCAGAGCAAGACCCAGACAAAUUCAAGAUUAUGGGUGCGAUCGAGGUGGAGGCAGCACCUGAGGAGGAUGUAACUGAUGGCUUCGAAAAGGUGACGAUCGAGGAGAUCACCGAAGAUUAA